AUGGCCAGAUUCACCCAGACUGAAGCGAGAAGGCAGCAGCAGCAGCAGCAGCAUCAGCCUCCUCCGCCGCCGCCUCCGCCUCAGCCCCAGCCUGCCCACGCCAGCGCGCUCCUCAGCGGACCGGGGGCAGCACCGAGCCAGCCGCCAGCGCUCGUCGUCCCGCAGCAGCCCCAGUACGCCCAGAUCACGUUCGCCAAACCCAUGAGCGGCUCCGAGGCCGUUUCCAUACACGCGGACGGCGGCACCAUGAAAGACCAGGACGCCAUCAAGCUUUUCAUAGGACAGAUCCCGCGCAACCUCGAGGAGAAGGACCUCAAGCCCCUGUUCGAGCAGUUUGGGAAAAUCCACGAGCUCACCGUUCUGAAGGACCGCUACACCGGCAUGCACAAAGGCUGUGCGUUCCUCACCUACUGUGCCCGUGAGUCAGCCAUCAAAGCCCAGAAUGCACUGCACGAACAGAAAACUCUGCCAGGGAUGACACGGCCCAUUCAGGUUAAACCAGCUGACAGCGAGAGUCGUGGAGAGGACAGGAAGCUGUUCGUUGGCAUGCUGAACAAGCAGCAAACAGAGGAGGACGUGUAUCGCCUUUUUGAGCCCUAUGGAGUCAUCGAAGAGUGUACUGUAUUAAGGGGUCCUGACGGAAACAGCAAAGGCUGUGCCUUUGUUAAGUUCUCCACACACACCGAGGCUCAGUCAGCAAUCAGCGGCCUACACGGGAGUCAGACCAUGCCUGGAGCAUCCUCCAGUCUGGUGGUGAAGUUUGCCGAUACUGAUAAAGAGAGGACGAUCCGCCGCAUGCAACAGAUGGUCGGCCAGUUUGGCAUCUUCAACCCUGCUGUGGCUCUGCCUUUCAGCACAUACAGCAGCACCUACAGCACCUACACACAUGCCCUGAUGCAGCAGCAGGCAGCCAUAAUGGCGGCAUCUCAUGGAGCUUACCUUGCGCCUAGCAUGGCGUUUCCAGCAACGCAGAUCCACCAAGUGGGGGCACUCAACAUGAACGGCCUGCCGCCCACUCCCAUGACCCCAGUGUCAGGACUGAGUUCUCCUCCAGCUAAUCUGGCAUCCUCGGCCGUGCCCAGCAUAGUGACCCCCAUCGUUAACGGCUUCACAGGAAUCACCCCCCAGCCCAACGGACACCCAGUGGAGGCUGUGUACACCAAUGGCCUGCCACCAUACUCCACCCAGAGCCCCACUGCAGCAGACACACUGCAGCAGGCCUUCACCGGGGUCCAGCAAUACACAGCCAUUUACCCCACCGCCACACUGACCCCUAUAGGCCAGACACUGCCACAGCCACCUCAGGUGAUUCAGCAGCAGCAGCAACAGCAGAGAGAAGGUCCGGAGGGCUGUAACCUGUUCAUCUAUCACCUGCCGCAGGAGUUUGGUGAUAAUGAGCUGAUGCAGAUGUUUCUGCCUUUCGGCUCCGUCAUCUCCUCUAAAGUGUUUAUGGACCGAGCCACCAACCAGAGCAAGUGCUUCGGUUUUGUGAGCUUCGAUAACCCCGCCAGUGCCCAGGCAGCCAUCCAGGCCAUGAACGGCUUCCAGAUUGGCAUGAAGCGCUUGAAAGUACAGCUGAAACGGCCGAAGGACGCCAGCCGCCCUUACUGACCCUCGCCUAGAACUUAUACACACAUACAGCCAACAGCACAGUUGCAGUCUUGACAUCUUGACAGAUGGAAAACUUUUCUCGCAAAACCAACACAUGAAGAGACCAACA